GUGCAUUUGCUGGGUGCUGAACUCCGGUAGAGAGUAAUGGAAUGAGUUUACUCGUGCAAUUCAGAGCAAGCGAAGGAUCGCACGUUGAGAAAUAGAAACUGCAGCUACUGCGCCUGUAUAAACUUCAGCACUCUGUAAAACCAAGGGAGAGAAAAACAACAGCCAAACUAAAUCAAAACACACACAAGGAGGGACAAUAUAAGCUUGACAUACUCACACCUUCCCUCUGAAAAAGGAUAUGUUACUGGACAUAAAAUAAAAAAGGAAUAAGCCCCAAAAUGAAGCUAACCACUUUGUGCUGUUUGGGCUUUCUCUUGAACACUGUGGCCAUACAGCUGAGCACCUCACAAUCAGUAUGUGCCGGGACAGAGAACAAGCUGAGCACUCUCUCAGACCUGGAGCAGCAGUAUCGCACCCUGCGCAAGUACUACGAGAACUGUGAGGUCGUCAUGGGCAACCUGGAGAUCACCAGCAUUGACCGCAACCGAGACCUCACCUUCCUCCGGUCUAUUCGGGAGGUGACCGGUUACGUGCUGGUAGCCCUGAACCAGUUUGAGUACCUGCCGCUGGAGAACCUGCGCAUCAUCCGCGGAACCAAGCUGUACGAGGAACGCUACGCGCUCGCCAUCUUCCUCAACUACCGGAAAGACGGCAAUGUUGGGCUGCGUGAGCUGGGCCUUAAGAACCUGACAGAAAUCCUCAAUGGAGGGGUAUAUGUGGAUCAAAACAAGUUCCUGUGCCACGCCGAUACAGUCCACUGGCAGGACAUUGUGCGCAACCCACGCUCUGAGCUCCUCGUGGUGCCAACCAAUGGCAGUGCAGGAUGUGGACGCUGCCACAAGUCCUGUACAGGUCGUUGCUGGGGUCCCAACAAUUUCCAGUGCCAGAGCUUAACGAAGACAGUGUGCGCGGAACAGUGUGAUGGACGAUGUUUUGGCCCCUACGUCAGUGACUGCUGUCAUCGGGAGUGUGCAGGGGGCUGCUCCGGACCCAAGGACACAGACUGCUUUGCUUGUGCAAACUUCAACGACAGCGGGGCGUGUGUCACCCAGUGUCCACAGCCUUUCGUUUACAACCCCACCACCUUCCAGCUGGAGCACAACCCCAAGGCCAAGUACACCUACGGGGCAUUCUGUGUCAAGAAGUGUCCGCAUCAUUUUGUGGUGGACCACAGCUCCUGUGUGCGAGCCUGCCCCAGCAACAAAAUGGAAGUGGAAGAGAACGGGAUUAAGAUGUGCAAACCCUGUACUGAUAUCUGUCCCAAAGCGUGUGAUGGCAUUGGGACGGGCAGUUUGCAGUCAGUUCAGACGGUGGAUUCCAGCAACAUAGACAAGUUUGUCAACUGCACCAAAAUCAAUGGGAACCUGGUCUUUCUUAUCACCGGCAUAGAAGGGGAUGCUUACCACAGCAUUGAGGCUUUGGAUCCUGAUAAACUCAAUGUGUUCAGGACUGUCCGGGAGAUUACAGGUUACUUAAAUAUCCAGUCUUGGCCACGGAACAUGUCUGACUUCAGUGUGUUCUCCAACCUGGCAACUAUUGGAGGCAGAGUCCUUUACAGCGGUAUCUCCUUGCUAAUCCUCAAGCAGCAGUGGAUAUCCUCCCUGCGGCUGCAGUCGCUUCAGGAAAUCAGUGCUGGGAACAUCUACCUCACCGACAACCACCUCCUCUGUUACUACCACACCGUGAACUGGACCAGCCUGUUCAGGACCAGCUUGCAGAAGACCAUCAUCCGCAACAACCGCAACCCCAGCAACUGCACUGCUGAGAAGAUGAUGUGUGACCCCUUGUGCUCGGACCAUGGUUGCUGGGGUCCCGGUCCAGACCAAUGCCUGUUCUGCAGAUUCUUCAGCAGGGGAAGGACCUGCAUUGAGUCCUGUAACCUCUAUGAAGGGGAUUUCCGUGAGUUUGCCAAUGGAUCAGUCUGCAUUGAGUGCGACUCCCAGUGCAAGAAGGCUGAGGAUAAUAUGUUAACCUGCGUCGGCUCGGGCCCAGACCACUGCGUGACGUGCUCUCAUUUCAAAGACGGCCCCAACUGUGUCGAGAAGUGUCCUGAUGGUCUGCAAGGUGCCAACAGCUUCAUUUUCAAAUAUGCUGAGGCCAACAAUGAGUGCCACCCCUGCCAUUCAAACUGCACCCAGGGGUGCAUCGGCCCCCGGAUCCAGGACUGUGUAGGCAUGAUGGAUAGGUGUAGAGGCCCUACUAGUGCCGACUGCAAUUUCUAUCCCUGGACGGGUCAUUCCAUAUUACCACAACAUGCUAGAACUCCACUGAUCGCCGCAGGAGUCAUUGGCGGACUCUUCAUUGUGGUCAUCGUGGUGCUGAGCGUGGCGGUUUAUGUCCGGCGAAAGAGCAUCAAAAAGAAAAGAGCACUGAGGAGAUUCCUGGAGACGGAGCUUGUGGAACCCCUCACCCCCAGCGGCACAGCACCCAAUCAAGCCCAGCUGCGCAUUCUGAAGGAAACAGAGCUGAAGCGAGUCAAAGUGCUCGGCUCAGGCGCCUUCGGAACAGUCUACAAGGGAAUCUGGGUUCCAGAGGGAGAGACAGUGAAAAUUCCUGUGGCCAUAAAGAUCCUUAACGAGGCAACAGGACCCAAGGCUAAUGUUGAGUUUAUGGAUGAGGCCCUGAUCAUGGCCAGUAUGGACCACCCCCACCUGGUGCGGCUGCUGGGGGUCUGCCUCAGCCCCACGAUUCAGCUGGUCACCCAGCUGAUGCCCCACGGCUGCCUGCUGGACUACGUCCACGAACACAAGGACAAUAUCGGCUCCCAGCUCCUGCUCAACUGGUGUGUCCAGAUCGCCAAGGGAAUGAUGUACCUGGAGGAGAGACGGCUGGUGCACAGAGACCUAGCCGCCCGGAACGUCCUGGUCAAGUCGCCCAACCACAUCAAGAUCACAGACUUCGGGCUGGCUCGUCUGCUGGACGGGGAUGAGAAGGAGUACAAUGCUGAUGGCGGGAAGAUGCCAAUAAAGUGGAUGGCACUGGAAUGUAUCCACUACAGGAAAUUCACCCACCAGAGUGACGUGUGGAGCUAUGGGGUUACAAUCUGGGAGCUCAUGACGUUCGGAGGGAAGCCCUACGAUGGAAUUCCUACCCGAGAAAUCCCUGAUCUUCUGGAAAAAGGGGAACGCCUGCCGCAGCCACCAAUCUGCACCAUCGACGUCUACAUGGUCAUGGUGAAAUGUUGGAUGAUCGAUGCAGACAGCAGACCGAAAUUCAAAGAGCUGGCAGCCGAAUUCUGCAGAAUGGCCCGGGAUCCCCAGCGCUACCUGGUUAUCCAGGGUGAUGACCGCAUGAAGCUCCCCAGCCCCAGUGACAGCAAGUUCUUCCAGAGCCUGCUGGAUGAGGAGGAGCUAGAGGACAUGGUGGAUGCAGAGGAGUACCUGGUGCCCCAGGCCUUCAACAUCCCUCCCCCCAUCUACACCUCACGACCCAGGAUUGACUCCAACCGGAGUCAAAAUGGACACAGCCCUCCUCCAGCCUACACCCCAAUGUCUGGGAACCAGUUUGUAUACCGGGAUGGGGGCUUCAGCACUGAUGAUUUGAUUCCGCCUCUGGGACGUGCACUGCAGCCGUGUGCCGUCCCAGAGACAUCAGCAGUGCAGGGGGCAGCUCUGGAGGCAUUCGAGGACACCCGCUGUAAUGGAACUCUGAGAAAGCAGAUGUCUCCACGGGCUGGGGAGGACAGCAGUGCUCAGCGCUACAGUGCCGAUCCCACCAUCUUCCUGGCAGAGCGUGGGCCCCGGGGGGAGAUGGACGAGGACGGAUACAUGACACCCAUGCAAGACAAGCAGCCCACAGACUAUCUUAACCCAGUUGAGGAAAACCCUUUUGUCACACGCCGGAAGAAUGUAGACAUCCAUGCCCUGGAUAACCCAGCAUACCACAGUGCCCCCAACGGGCAGCCCAAGGUGGAAGAUGAGUAUGUCAAUGAGCCCCUGUACCUCAAUACCUUCCAUAACACAGCAGAGAAUCCUGAGUACCUGAAGAACAAUGGGACCCCACUCCUCACUAACACCGUCAGCGACAAGAAACCCAAGAAGAAGAAUGGGGCUCCAAUCCUCACCAACACCAUCAGCAACAAGAAACCCUUUGACAAUCCAGAGCACUGGCACCACAGUCUUCCCCCAAAGGCAACGCUCCACAACCCUGAAUACCUACAGGAGUGCAACACCAAGUUUUUCUACAAACAGAAUGGACGUAUCCGGCCUGUGGUAGCAGAAAACCCAGAGUACCUGUCUGAGUUCUCCCUGAAACCAGGGACUGUGCUGCCCCCACCUCCUUACAGGCAGAGGAAUACAGUGGUGUAAUGUCUACAGCAGAGUUUCCCAAUCCUGGUCCUGGGGGAUCCCUGUGUAUGCUGGUUUUCAUUCCAACUGAGUUCUCAAUUACU